CAGCCCCGCGCUGGAAGGAGAAGAAUUGCGUUCUCAGUGUAAGACUUGAAAGAAGACACUGUUUUAUUUUUCUAUUUUCUUGGAUUCUGUGGAAAUAUUUCUGUUCCCGUGCAAGCUCCUUCUAGGGAAACCCCGGCAAGGCGGUAUCCCUUCGCAAUGCAAAGAUGGUGCUGCUGCUUCCUCCCCCAGGCACCGAUGCGUUUCGCCCCUUUACUCUGGAAUCACUGGCGAAGAUCAAGAGGCUCGAGGAGGAAAGGAAAAAGGCAGCAGAAGUAAAGGCUGAUGACGAGGAACCAGCAACCCCGAAUGCUGAUCUGGAGGCAGGCAAGGGUCUGCCCAUGAUCUUUGGGGACCCUCCACCAGAGCUGCUCAACACACCCCUGGAGGACAUAGACCCCUUCUAUGAAACACAGAAAACAUUCAUUGUGAUCACCAAAGGAAACACGAUCUUCAGGUUCAACGCAGAACCGGCGUGCUACAUUCUGAGCCCCUUUAGUUUGGUUAGGAGAGGAGCCAUCAAAAUUCUCAUACAUUCAUUAUUUAGCAUGUUCAUCAUGAUUACAAUUCUAUCGAAUUGCGUGUUCAUGACAAUGAGCAACCCACCAGCAUGGAGUAAAACUGUUGAGUAUGUCUUUACUGGUAUUUAUACCUUUGAGGCAACAGUUAAAGUGUUGUCUCGAGGUUUCUGUGUUGGAUCUUUUACAUUCCUUCGAGAUCCAUGGAAUUGGCUGGAUUUCAUGGUGAUCAGCAUGGCUUACGUCACUGAAUUCGUUGACCUCGGCAAUGUGUCUGCUCUGAGGACAUUUCGUGUGCUUCGAGCCCUUAAAACAAUUACUGUGAUUCCUGGUUUGAAAACAAUUGUGGCUGCUUUGAUCCAGUCAGUGAAGAAAAUGGGGGACGUGAUGAUUCUGACAGUCUUCGCCCUUGCGGUUUUUGCACUCGUUGGUCUUCAGCUUUUUAUGGGAAACCUGCGACAGAAAUGUGUGCGAUGGCCCAUCCAAACAAAUGACACCAUGUUUGAAAUCUUUAACGGCACCUCUUCAUCCAAUAACACAGUGGACUUCAACGACACCAUUGGCUUAAAUGAUACAUAUACCAACAGCACCUUCAAUUUCACUGAAUAUAUUGAAAACUCAGAGAAUCACUACUUUCUGGAAGGCAGCCAAGAUGCUCUGAUUUGUGGAAACAGCUCCGAUGCUGGGAAGUGCCCCGAAGGAUACACAUGCAUGAAGGCUGGGAGGAACCCAAACUUUGGCUACACCAGCUUUGAUUCUUUUGGCUGGGCCUUCCUUGCCCUCUUCAGGCUCAUGACCCAGGACUACUGGGAGAACCUUUUCCAGCUGAUCAUGAGGGCAGCUGGUAGGACAUACAUGAUGUUCUUUGUAGUCGUUAUCUUUCUGGGCUCCUUCUACCUCAUCAAUCUUAUCCUGGCUGUGGUAGCCAUGGCUUAUGACGAACAGAAUCAGGCAACUCGGCAAGAGGCCAUCGAAAAAGAGGAGGAGUUCCAGCGACUACUAGAGCAAGUCAAGAAUCAAGAGCAGGCUAAGAUGCUUGGUAGCCAAGGCACUCUAACCAGCAAGAACUCGCUCAGCCAUCACACUGGGUCUGAUUUGGCAGAUGACGAACAGAGCCUUGACCGUGAUGAAAUUGUCAAAGAUUGCAAUGGGAGAAUUAUUCCACGUCUAAUGAUCAGAGCGCCUACCAUGAACGAGUCUGCCAUGGAUUAUGAAUGCAGAGAUAAGUCACUGGGCUCCGUUCACAGCAUGCUUCAACUGGAUGAACCAUGCAUGGCAGAGAGAACUGCUAGUGCUCUGACUGUGCUCACUGCAGCUGCCAUGGAAGAGUUGGAGGAGGCUCAGAGGCCAUGCCCACCUGGCUGGUACAAAUUUGCUGACCUUUUCCUGAAGUGGGACUGCUGUACCCCCUGGGUGGUCUUUAAAAAGCGAGUAUACUUUGUUGUGAUGGACCCUUUUGUUGACCUGGCUAUCACUAUCUGCAUUGUGCUCAACACCCUCUUCAUGGCCAUGGAGCACUACCCCAUGACCCCGGAGUUUGACUAUAUGCUGUCAGUGGGGAAUCUGGUUUUUACAGGUAUUUUCACAGCAGAAAUGGUCUUCAAGCUUAUUGCUAUGGAUCCCUACUACUACUUUCAAGUUGGCUGGAACAUAUUCGACAGCAUCAUUGUUACACUCAGUCUGGUGGAGUUGGGGCUGGCAAAUGUUCAGGGUCUGUCAGUCCUCAGAUCAUUCCGUCUGCUUCGAGUUUUCAAACUGGCAAAGUCCUGGCCCACUCUCAACAUGCUCAUCAAGAUCAUCGGUAACUCAGUAGGGGCUUUAGGAAACCUGACUUUGGUGCUGGCCAUCAUCGUCUUCAUUUUUGCCGUCGUGGGCAUGCAGCUCUUUGGCAAGAACUACAACGACUGCGUGUGCAAGAUCUCCUUGGACUGUGAAUUGCCGCGCUGGCACAUGAACGACUUCUUCCACUCAUUUCUUAUCGUGUUUCGCAUCCUGUGUGGGGAGUGGAUCGAGACUAUGUGGGACUGCAUGGAGGUUGCCGGAACUGGGAUGUGUUUAGUUGUCUUCAUGUUGGUCAUGGUCAUUGGAAACCUAGUGGUGCUGAACCUCUUUUUGGCCUUACUGCUCAGCUCGUUCAGUGGAGACAACCUUUCUGCAGGAGAAGAUGACGGAGAGAUGAACAAUCUCCAGAUUGCCAUCGGCAGGAUCACACGGUUCAUCGACUGGUUUAAAGCGUUCAUCAUUCAAACUAUCUUGCGGACUCUUGGCAGAAAGCCCAAGGAGCCUGACGAGGGCCCUGCUGAUGACGUCGACCCUAAAACGGAAGGAAUUGAAAUGAACCAUUUGGACACCAGUCAGACUUUCAAACUGGCAGAUGGGAUGUCAGAUUGCCUAGUUGAAGGCCGGCCUUCUGGAUUUAUUGUGGAUGGAGAGUUUAGUCUUAGUGUGCCAAUUGCCCAGGGAGAGUCAGACUUUGAAAAUCUGGGAGAGGACGAUGAGGAUGAUGAAGAUGAAACCAGUGAUUCCAAUGAUGAUAAUCACUCUGAGAGUUUAGAUGAGGGACAUAGCCAGCAGAAUACCGAAAAUGUGAAAGAUCAAAUUAGUAUCCCAGGAAAUAUCAAACUGAUGGGUGCUCGGAAUAGUGAAGAUUCUUCAGUAUGCAGCACAGCAGACUAUCGACCACCUGAGCCUGAACCGGAAAUAGAAGAGCCAGAGCCACUGGAGCCAGAGGCGUGCUUCACUGACAACUGUGUGAGGCGCUGGCCAUGUCUGAUGGUGGACAUCACCCAAGACAAAGGCAAAAAAUGGUGGAACCUCCGCAAGACCUGCUUUACUAUUGUGGAGCAUGAUUGGUUUGAAACCUUCAUAAUCUUUAUGAUCCUCCUCAGCAGUGGAGCUCUUGCUUUUGAAGAUAUAUACAUAGAAAAGCGCCGAACGAUCAAGAUAAUUCUGGAGUAUGCUGACAAGAUUUUCACCUACAUAUUUGUCAUCGAGAUGCUCCUUAAAUGGGUUGCAUAUGGCUUCAAGACCUAUUUCACCAAUGCCUGGUGUUGGCUAGACUUUUUCAUUGUAGAUAUUUCCCUGAUUAGUUUAGUUGCCAACUGGAUGGGCUACUCUGACCUUGGGCCAAUCAAAUCCCUCAGAACCCUCAGAGCACUAAGGCCUCUUCGCGCACUAUCAAGAUUUGAAGGGAUGAGGGUGGUGGUAAACGCUCUCGUUGGAGCAAUUCCCUCCAUCUUCAACGUGCUACUGGUGUGUCUGAUUUUUUGGCUCAUCUUCAGCAUCAUGGGAGUUAAUUUGUUUGCUGGGAAGUUCUACCGCUGCAUCAACACCACAUCGGAGGAGCUUUUCCCCAUCACUGAAGUCAAUAACCGGAGCGACUGCAUGGCCAUCAAAGAAGCGACACAGGAGGCCCGCUGGGUCAACAUGAAAGUCAACUAUGACAAUGUUGGACAAGGCUACCUGUCCCUACUUCAAGUGGCAACUUUUAAAGGUUGGAUGGACAUCAUGUAUGCUGCUGUCGACUCAAGAGAGGUGGAAGAGCAACCAUCCUACGAAAUCAACCUCUACAUGUACAUGUACUUUGUCAUAUUCAUUAUCUUUGGCUCUUUCUUCACACUUAACCUCUUCAUUGGGGUCAUUAUUGAUAACUUUAGUCAGCAAAAGAAAAAGUUUGGAGAUGAAGACAUCUUUAUGACUGAUGAACAGAAAAAGUACUAUGAAGCCAUGAAGAAACUUGGUUCCAAGAAGCCACAGAAGCCAAUUCCUCGUCCAACGAACCUAAUCCAGGGCAUAGUGUUUGACUUCAUCAGUCAGCAAUUCUUUGACAUCUUCAUUAUGGUCCUCAUUUGCCUCAAUAUGGUGUCCAUGAUGGUGGAAACAGAUGACCAAAGUGCAGAGAAAGAGGAUUUCCUCUUUAAGUUAAACGUGGCUUUCAUUGUGGUCUUCACUGGAGAGUGUGUGUUGAAGGUCUUUGCCCUGCGGCAGUACUACUUCACCAAUGGAUGGAACAUUUUUGAUUUUGUCGUGGUCAUCUUGUCAAUAGCUGGUACAAUGCUCUCAGACCUAAUUGAGAAGUACUUUGUGUCACCAACUCUUUUCAGGGUGAUCAGACUGGCCAGGAUAGGCAGGAUUCUACGUCUUAUUAAAGGAGCUAAGGGCAUUCGGACGCUUCUAUUUGCCCUGAUGAUGUCCCUACCUGCUCUAUUCAAUAUUGGUCUCCUGCUCUUCCUCAAUAUGUUCAUCUUCUCUAUAUUUGGGAUGUCAAAUUUUGCCUAUGUCAAAAAGGAGGCUGGGAUUGAUGAUAUAUUUAAUUUUGAAACAUUUGGAGGAAGCAUUAUCUGCUUGUUCCAGAUUACAACAUCUGCAGGCUGGGAUGGACUUCUACUUCCAAUGCUGAACCGGGAGCCUCCAGACUGUGAUCCAGACUUUGAGCAUCCUGGCACGAAUGUAAAGGGCAACUGUGGAAGCCCUGGCAUGGGCAUGGUGUUCUUCUGCAGUUACAUCAUCAUCUCAUUCUUGGUGGUGGUCAACAUGUAUAUUGCGAUCAUCUUAGAGAACUUCAAUGUGGCUCAGGAGGAAAGCAGCGAUCCACUCAGUGAGGACGACUUUGAGAUGUUCAAUGAGACAUGGGAGAAAUUUGACGUUGAUGGAACUCAGUUUAUUGAGUAUAGCCAGCUCUCAGAUUUUUGUGAUACCUUGCAGGAGCCACUGAAGGUUGCCAAACCCAACCUGUUCCAGCUGAUCGAAAUGGAUCUCCCCUUGGUUGCUGGAGAUAAGAUCCACUACUUGGAUGUGUUGAUGGCUGUCACUCAGUUGAUCUUGGGAAACACAGUGGAGAUGGAAGCAAUACGGAAUAGCACUGAGGAAAAAUUUAAGGAUAGCAAAGACACCUUUGCACCAGUUAUCACAACGGUGCGCCACAAAGAAGAGCAGAGGGCCGCUGUGGUUAUUCAGAGGGCUUACCGCAGCCAUCUUCUGAGGCGCUGCUUAUGCCAUGCAGCUUUUAUGCAUCGAUCUAAGAAGAUGGGGAGAAAGAAAGAAGGUGACGAUCCACCAGAAAAAAAAGGGUUGAUUGCACGAAGGUUAGGGGUUCUCUAUGGGAGUAAUGCAGAGCUUGCUGAGGAAAUGGAGCAAGCAGCUUUAGAAACUUUGGCAAGACAACAGCCCUCUAAUCCUGAGGCAAUGUCACAUUACAGAGAGGCACGGUGCUGUCCAGAAACCCCCGUGCAAAAUAUUGUCGUUGUUCCUGUAGAAGUCACUAAUGAGGUUUUAUUGCAUUCUGCCCCCAACCAACACCUCUUGACUCUACAAGAAAACCUGACAGAGUCAGUUGUAUAGUAAACUGCACAAUAUAAUUAUUUGUCUCUUCCCUCUAUUCUUUUUUUUUUUUUUUUAACAGUGAUGGAAACUGUUCUUGUUAAUGUAUAAGUGUUGCUGAUAUGCUUUUUAACUCUAGAUACAGAAGAGUCUAACUGAUGUUUCGAAUGCAGUUUUUAUCCCUAAACUUAAGAAUCUAUUCCUCUUUUUUUUCAUGCUACAUUUAAUUUUCUUGGGUAUUGAAAGUGAAACUGAAGUGUGUACUGCCAAGCAGGUUCAAAAUAACAGGGUUUUUGUGUGCAAAAGUGCGCGUUAACUGCCUUGACAAAACCUACAGGUUCAGUUUUAAGGUUCAGUUCAGUUUUAAUGAGUUCAGUUGGUGGUGGUGGUUCACAAGUUAACAGAGAAAGUUGGUAACCAACUUUCUCUGUUAACCCCAGUUUUCUGUUUCAGGCUCAGGGAAAUUUGAUGCUUUCUUCUACACAAAAUAAACAAAUUGCCUUGCAUCAGUAGGGAGGAAAAGGAGGCAAAAUCAAACAAAAAUAAAAAAAAUAUGAUGAGAAGAACACACCAGAAAACUGCUAAUGUUGUAAAUCCACAUGAAUAUAUGUGUUUUACCAUUCUCGUCAGUUACACAUAGGAGGUCUGAAACUUCAAACUAUAUUUCAUCAUGAUAUUGAUGAACGAUAAUGAUGGAAUAAACAUGAAAUCGUACAUAUACAUUUCAUGCAUCAUCAAAUUAACGUGUGCUAAUUCUCGUGGCAAUGCGAAGCUUGGAGUUUGCGCUGUUGCAAUUAGACUGGGGUAUUACGCUAAUAAUAGUCUGUGGCUCAGCUGGUAUUAAAAUAAUAUUCUCUCAGCUCAGAAUCAUAUUUCAUUAAAAGAACUUUUGAAAACACAACACUUACAGCUAAUUAUACCUAACCUAUCCGGGUUAAAAGAGGUUUUAGUGACACUAAAAUCUCUGGUUUAAGUCUGAACAUACCUUGUCGUACACCCCUCAAUGUUUCCUUCAUAGAAACAUAAAACUUAACAAAAUUAGUCAAGGAAAAUUGUGAUUUAAUGCACAAUUCAAAAAUAAUGAAACAGUAAGAUAUGAUUUCUUUCAGUUUAACAGAAAUACAAGAUCUAAUAUUUAUUUUAACCUUUUUUAUCCAAUAAAAAUAUGCUAGACUUUACUGUAGGCUGAAACAUUAUUGUGGACUAGAAUCUGUUUUAUGGUAAAUUUCUAGUGGGAAGAAAACAAACAAACAAACAAACAAAAAAAACAGAAAGAAAAACAAAGGCAAAACCUAAAUUGAGAUAAGCUAACAAUAGCUGAUUCACAUGAACGUGAAUCAGAACAGAUGGAUUGCAAAAACUAUGAUGAAAAACAUGAACAUAAACCAAAGCUUGAAAAUAAUCCUGUGACUUGAAGUCCAUGAUGCUAGACAAACAGAUAACCCGACACUGAACAGAGAACGACAGAGGACCUAAAUACACAGGAUAAUGAUAAUGAGGGAAGUGAAAACACCUGGGGAUAAUGAGCUGACACAAUUGAAUCUGAAUGCAACAGGGGAAGUACAACUAAACACACUGAACAUGGAACACCAGACCCUUCAAAGUAAAACAGGAAACAACAGAACGUAGACAAGACAAGACAAGCUUGACAACGUGAACACAAAGACAUUACAAAUGACAGACUUCACAGGGGACAGGAUAAGACUCAUAUCAGGAGACAUAGACGAAACAUAAACUAAAACUCAACUAAGACAAAUUAAUAAUACUGGAACAAGUAUUAUCUCAAUAUAUAAGAAGCAAAGGAAAUACAAAAUAAAACAAAAAAAUCAUAAUUCAUGUUAUCAAAAGGUAAAGAGUAUAAAAGACUAAUAUUAGUGUUUUAUUAUUAAUUAGGUACCAGAUGACUUUCUAUGGGGAAUCUGUUUUGUACACAGGUAAAUAAAUUGCUAUAAAAUAGAGUCUCUGGAUCUCAUUGUCCCUCUCUUUCUGUGAAACUACUUAUUAGUUAACAAUGGGGUUAACUAAACCCACAUGGUGUGGCUAAUAUAGUUAGCAUCUGUUCCUAACAGGCUCAUUCAGGCAGGCCCAGUUUAUAUUGCACUAUUUAUGUCCCUCCAAGUCAAAUAAGAGCAGUUCACUGCACUCCACUGAAUGAUUUCAAAGGUUAUUUCCCACUUACAUACUGUAUGCAUGUUUAUAUUUAUAUUUUUUGGUCCCUUCAGAUAUCAGAUGUUCUCAAAACCUAAAUCAGCCAUGUUUGGCCAUUUCAUAGCUGGAUUUCCCUUUCAGCAUUCAGGUUUGAACGCUGUCUGUAAACUUACAAUGUGAUGUUUUUAUGUUAAUGUGGCUGUAUUAGAGAACUGCUAAGCACAUACUUACUCGCUGUGCAUUAAAAGGAAGUUUCGUCUCAGGUUAGAUCACAAGAUGCAAGGCACACACAUUGAAUGGUUGAAUAAAAAAAAAAAAACAUGUGCCACUUUCCAAAAUGUAGUUAAUCAGAUCUUUUUACAAAUUUACAAGAAAACCUGCAGUGGAUCUAGUCAUAUAAACAUGUUAAUUCUCUUGCUUUUGUCUAAGUCUUAAUAGAAAUUAUGAUGUCUUACUUUAAAUAUAUGGUACUGUGUAAAACUUGCAGGCAGUUUUAAAAGUAAUUUCAUAUAAACAUAUUUUUUUUAAAUUUAGCAAUAAACUUCAUUUAAAGUGCAGUAAACACAGAAAGAAAUCAAAUAAAAUCACUCUUUGUGAAUAUAAUUUAUUUCGAGAACGGUACCACUCCUCUUUGGUACUUCGUCAUGCAGUAUUAUUAUUAUUAUUAUUAUUAUUAUUAUUAUUUUUUCAUUUUAAUUUGCACAGGUAGGUUGUCCCAAGCAUCCUAAAGACUUUCCUUGACUGUUUUGUGGAUUUAUUUUUUCUCUUCAUGCAGUUCUCGACUCACAAAAUGAUGUUGAUAUCUGAUCAGAUGCCCCUUUACAUUCUGCACAGUACUGUAUAUACAUGAAUAACAUAUGCACUUUUACAGUUUUCUAGCUUGUUUUUUUUAACAAUAAGCAAUAACAUGUCUAUUUUCAUUGAGUUUGACACUGUUCCAAUUUCAUCUUUGGAGAAGGUACAUAAAUUAUGAAUGUUUCCUCCACAAGGGGUCUCUCUUGUCAUAUCCUGCUGCUACAGCAUGGCAGUUUUUCCUGUCAGGAGACUGUAACGUGACCAUCCGAACUCCUAUGUGAGACUGAGACACCGCUGCACCACUCAGCUAUAGUGUCCUCUCAUGGGACAGUCAUAUUCACAAGACAGUGUCCUCUUUUUGUUUACAUUUCUACUGGAGGAAAAGACACAUGGGGAGCUUUGCUGGUACAACCUACAAUCACCUACAAUGUUGCUUGUACAUACUUUUUUCUUUUUUUCUUCUGAAAUGUACAUUUAUAUCAUUUUGUUAUUUUAAAACUAUGUUGUUAGAAUAAAACAGUUAUUGUAAAGAAAAGUA